UUUUCACUUCCCCUUCUCUUUGCUGUGAUUCCACUCCUUCUCUGUCUACAUUUUCUUCCUAUCCCCAUUCUCUCUCCUUGGAGGGAGAAGGGAGCAGACGAGAAAUCCCGAAAAUGGCUCGGCUCCUCAGGGAGAGAGGAAGCCCUGGGCACUCCAGGAGGGAAUCUGCUGGCAACUCCCUGCGUCUAUCGUUGUCGAAGUCGGGGAUGAGCUCGAGUUCGGCGGAGUUGCUUCCUUCGCCUUUCGGCGAGUUGAGCUGCAAAUUGUCAGAUGCGGAGCUCCGUGAGACCGCGUACGAGAUCUUCGUCUCCGCGUGCCGAACCACUACUGGGAAGCCGCUUACGUUUAUUUCUCAGCCGGAGAAGGAGGCGGCGGUGUCGGCGACGCCGCCGUCAGCUGAACGGUCGCCAUCGCCGUCGUUGCAGAGAUCGCUGACGUCGACGGCGGCCAGUAAGAUGAAGAAGGCGCUGGGACUGAAGCCAUCGAAGAAAAACCCAGUGAAGGAUAGCAGUCCAUCGAGGACGGUGAAGAAGCCGGCGACAGUGGGAGAGUUGAUUAGGGUGCAGAUGGGAGUGUCGGAGCAGACGGAUUCGCGGAUCCGACGGGGGCUGUUGAGAAUCUCUGCCAGUCAGCUUGGGAGACGUGUAGAAUCCAUUGUUUUACCUUUAGAGUUGCUGCAACAAUUCAAAGCUUCAGAUUUUCCUGACCUGCAAGAGUAUGAAACUUGGAGGAGUAGAAACUUGAAGGUUCUUGAGGCUGGUUUACUCCUGCAUCCGUUUAUACCAUUAGAAAAGUCUGAUAUUGCUUCUCAAAGGCUUAAGCAGAUCAUACGUGGAGCUUCAGAAAAUCCAAUUGACACUGGAAAGAAUUCUGAGUCAAUGCAGGUUCUUCGCAGCGCUGUAAUGUCCCUUGCUUACAGAACAACGCCUGGAUUUUCUUCUGAUGUUUGCCACUGGGCUGAUGGCUCUCCUUUGAAUCUAAACCUAUAUCAAAUGCUAUUGGAUGCUUUGUUUGAUUAUGGGGAGGGAUCCAUUGUAGAGGAAAUUGAUGAGGUUUUGGAGUUAUUCAAAAAGACUUGGGUUGUUCUUGGAAUAAAUCAGAUGAUUCACAAUCUCUGUUUUUUGUGGUUUUUAUUUCAUUGCUUUGUGACAACUGGACAGACAGACGGCGAUCUUCUGCUUGCAGCAGAUAAUCUGCUAGUGGAGAUUGCAAACGAUGCGAAAACAACAAAGGAUCCUAUUUACUCAAAGAUACUAAGCUCAAUUUUGAGUUCAAUAAUGGGAUGGGCAGAGAAAAGGCUAUUAGCAUACCAUGAAACCUUCAAUUCCAGUAACAUUGAAUUGAUGCAAUGUAUUGUCUCUUUAGGUGUUUCUGCCGCCAAGAUACUGGUUGAUGAUAUCGCUCAUGAGUAUCGCCGCAGGAGAAGAGAAGAAGUUGAUGUUGCACGAAGUAGAAUUGACACCUAUAUUCGUUCAUCACUAAGAACUGCUUUUGCUCAGACGAUGGAGAAGGUAGAUUCAAUCAGGCGUUCAUCUAAGACCCAGAAUGCUACUCUUCCAGUUCUCGCCAUUCUUGCCAAAGAUAUAGGCGACCUAGCGAAAAAAGAGAAAGAGAUUUUUAGUCCUAUAUUCAAGAGAUGGCAUCCCCUGGCUGCUGGUGUUGCGGUUGCCACUCUUCAUUCUUGUUAUGGUAAUGAACUGAAGCAAUUUAUAUCUGGUGUCACGGAUCUGACUUUUGAUUCUGUCCAAGUACUGAAAGCGGCACAAAAGUUAGAGAAGGACCUUGUACUGAUUGCUGUUGAAGAUUCUGUUGAUAGUGAAGAUGGUGGAAAAGGACUCAUUCGUGAAAUGCCUCCAUAUGAGGCUGAGUCUGCUAUUUCUAGUCUUACAAAAGCUUGGGUAAAAGCAAGAGUAGACAAGUUAGGGGAAUUGGUUGACAGGAACUUGCAACAAGAGAUGUGGAAUCCAAGGGCAAACAAAGAGAGUUUUGCUCCCUCUUCCGUUGAAGUUCUUCGCUUGGUUGAUGAGGCCUUAGAUGCAUUUUUUCAAUUGCCUAUUCCAUUCCAUCCAGCCCUACUUCCCGAUUUGAUUGUUGGACUUGAUAGAUGCCUGCAAUACUAUGUUGCGAAGACCAAGGCUGGAUGUGGAACACGGAAUUCCUUCAUUCCUCCUCUUCCUGCACUAACCAGAGUUGAAAUUGCUUCUAAAUUGUGGAAGAAAAAAGAUAAAUCUCAGAUCCUACAAAGAAGAAAAUUACAGGAUGGAACAUUGAAUGGCGAAAACUCAUUCAGUUUGGUACAGUUUUGCGUACGCAUGAACACGCUCCAUCACAUUCAUACAGAAGUACAGAACCUGGAGAAAAAAAUUUCAACUUGUCUUAAAAAUCUGGAAUCUUCUCAAGCAGGAAUCACAAAUGGUUUUGAAAACAAAUUUGAGCUCACUCUCGCUGCUUCCCUGGAAGGAAUCCAACAGUUAUGCGAGGCAACAGCAUACAAAAUGGUUUUCUAUAAUCUAAGCCAUGUCCUAUGGAAUUUCUUGUAUGUUGGAGAUACUUCUUCCUCCAGGAUUGACUCUUUUGUGAAAGAGCUUGAUCCUAAUCUGGAGACUAUAUCCACCACUGUGCACAACAGAGUUCGAAAUCGUGUCGUAACCGCCCUGAUGAAAGCUUCUUUUGAUGGAUUCCUUCUCGUGCUUCUCGCCGGCGGCCCAUCUCGAGCUUUUACACGCCAAGAUUCUCAGAUAUUAGAAGAGGAUUUCAAGGCACUGAAAGACCUGUACUUUGCUGAUGGGGAUGGGUUGCCACUGGAACUAGUUGAGAAGGCUGCAACCCAAGUGAAAAAUAUUUUGACGCUUUUUCGUGCCGAAACAGAAAGCCUUAUCUUGCGGUUUAAACAAGUAAUAACCGAGACCUAUGGCGCUACUGCAAAAGCAAGGUACCCGAUGCCGCCGACGACCGGCCACUGGAGCCCAGCUGAAGCCAAUACCAUUCUCCGGGUUCUAUGCCACCGGAACGACGAAGCUGCUUCCAAGUUCCUAAAGAAAACAUACAAUCUGCCAAAGAAACUGUAAUCCAAGAAUAAGCAUAUGGUGUAAUGCUUGAUUCUGAAACUGAUCAGGUUCUGUUUGCUUGCGGUUUAAUGCAGAUUGCAGACUGAUCUUCAUCAUGCCCGGCCACAUUCAGUGCAGAUUUUAAGAAUCAUCCCAAAUCCUGAAAUUUUGAACAUAGCUUUCUUAUAUUCUGCUCUGAUUUUGCUGAAUCUAUAUGGUUUUUACAGAUUGAAACUGUGGCAUUUAUGACAUGAUAUAGUGUGAAGUUUUAUUGGUUGGAUCAAAGGCCAAGCUGACAAUUCUUGGGAUAUAAGCUAAGGAUUAUUUAUUUCAUUCUCCAACCAACAUUCAAAGUGAUUCUUUCGGCAGACAAGGAGAUAAUGAGGUUUGGUUUUACUUUCUUACUGUGUCUUUGUAUUUUCUGAACAGCUCUACUAAUUUGUUUGGAGAGAUUAGUUCAAAUUCUGUGAAUAGUAUUGGAUAUUAUUGAUUUUGAUUUGUAUUGUUUAUGUUAAAUAUAAAUGGAGAUUCCAAAGUUUUUUUUUUUA